CAGGAGGACCCAGGGCUAACCCGCCCCUAAUCCCACGUGAUUCGCAAUAUCCAAAAAACGACGUCACUUUGGCGUAAAGGCAGUUGUUGCUUCCAAUAGAAACUCACCACAAACCCCAAAGCCAAAGCCCAUCUGGAUCUCCGAUGGGUUUAACCGGCGAAACCAGCGACGGUGAUUCCGAGUCCACCCUCCUCCUCUCGGCCCCCACCACAACCACAUCCACCGCCGCCACCACACCCGAUAACAAACUCCCCAAAGACACAUUCCAUUUUGCCUACAUAAUCUACUUCACGCUGGGCUGCGGGUACCUCCUUCCAUGGAACGCCUUCAUCACGGCCGUCGAUUACUUCGACUACCUCUACCCGGACGUCAGCGUGGACCGUAUAUUCGCCGUCGUAUACAUGCUGGUGGGCCUCGUUUGUCUCCUCCUCAUCAUCCUCUACUCCCACAAGUCCCACUCCUUCGUCCGCAUUAACGUCGGCCUCGCCCUCUUCGUCCUCGCCCUCCUCGUCAUCCCCGUCAUGGACCUCGUCUACAUCAAGGGCCAGGUCGGCUUGUACAACGGCUUCUACGUCACCGUCGCGGUCAUGGCGCUCUGUGGCCUAGCUGACGCCCUGGUCCAGGGUGGUGUCAUCGGGGCCGCCGGUGAGCUUCCCGAGCGCUACAUGCAGGCCGUUGUAGCUGGCACCGCCGCUUCAGGGGUCCUUAUUUCUCUACUACGGAUCGUAACCAAGGCCAUAUACCCACAGGAUGCCAAUGGCCUGAGAAGCAGCGCCAACCUGUAUUUCAGUGUAGGUAUCUUGGUUAUGGCUGUAUGCAUUGUGUUUCAUAACGUAGCACACAGGCUUCCGGUUAUAAAGUACUACAACGAAUUGAAAGCUCAGGCUGUAAACGAGGAGGAUGAACAGAAAGGUCUUCUCAUGGGGCCUGUUUGGAGAGCAACCUUGUGGGAUGUAGUAGGAAGAGUGAAGUGGUAUGGAGUUGGCAUCGGCCUCAUCUAUAUUGUGACUUUGUCAAUAUUUCCCGGGUAUGUCACAGAGGAUGUCCACUCGCAGAUUUUCAAGGACUGGUACUCGAUCCUCCUAAUCACUGGCUACAAUGUGUUUGAUCUGGUUGGAAAGUCUCUGACUGCAGCUUGUCUACUUCAAAAUACAAAGGCCGCCAUUGGUGGCACCGUUGUAAGGUUGCUGUUCUUACCUCUCUUCUAUGGCUGCUUGCAUGGUCCCAAAUUCUUUCGAACGGAGAUUCCAGUGACAAUCCUCACUUGCCUUUUGGGGCUUACCAAUGGCUACUUGACUAGUGUGUUGCUGAUUUUGGCUCCCAAAGUUGUCAAAUUACAACAUGCAGAGACUGCAGGGAUUGUGUGCGUAUUGUUCUUAGUUAUUGGUCUGGCUAUUGGAUCAGUUGUAUCUUGGUUUUGGGUCAUCUGAUUUUCAACCAAUUUGUAAUUUGUAUGACAUAAAAAAACUCUGCCACAAUGGGGGUUGGAAUGAGUUGCCUCUGGUGUUUACAUUCUGUAAAGCCUUGUAAACUUAGUUGUUAACGAUAUUUUUUUCCUUGUAUGGUGAACCAUUCAUAUGGGUUAUUCAUUCUCGACUUGUUUUGAGAUGAGGAAACCUGUAUUCUCACCCAAUAUAUGAAUGGAAUUGGCUCAUUAGACUUUA